AUGUUAGCCCAAGAUUUUGUGAAAAAAGAUGAUCGGAACUUCACACCAACACAGUCCUCCAGAUCCGCUUCAUACUUUGUCGUCCUCGUGCUGACCAAAAUUUUAAGAUGUAUCGGAAUAUUCUUUGUCGACAUUCUGGCGAAGAGUUCGCACAUUGUAAAUCUUCUUUGGUUAUGUAAAAUAAUAUGUACAUGUAUUCUUUUCCCACUACAAAAACCACUAUCUGCCGGAAAGUCGCUGAAACGAGGUCUUUUGCCGAUGAUUCUGAAGUUAUCCCUACUGAAUGGAGUAAUUGAAAUCCUCUGGUUUUACGGAAUUACAUUAUGUGGUCCACUUCGAAGUGUUCUAGUUUUUGAGCUGAGCUCUACUGUAUUACUCUCUGCAAUUGUGUCAUUUUUCAAAGGAGGAGCUGUCUCAACAACAUCAAAAACGAGAGGAUUCUUCCUGCUUAUUGUUGGAUUCGUCGCACUUUUCUUGAUGGAUAAAGAUGGAACUAUUGAAGAUCCUCACCACACCACCCAUGCUCAUCAUAGUGGUCUGAACCACCUAUUCUACCAUCUGAUUGGGUUGUUCGGAAUGGCUGAUCAUAAAGGAGGUCUCUGCAUUCUCAUUUUAUCGCUGUGCCUUCGUACUGGAUAUGAAACAACGUUCCGUCAUUUGGCAGUGGAAGUUGGUGGAGCAAAGAGACUUUAUACUCUCGUAACAGCUGGCAGUGCUGUUAUUCUAACUCCAGUUGCUGUUUUAUCGUGGGCACUUUCAUCCAGUUCCAUUGCAUCCAUGGGAUUCUUCGAAUACUCUAUCCUUCUCAUCAUCGUUGCCGUAUUCGUAUUUGUGCUCGAUUUUUAUGCUGAAAGCAUUUGUUUCCAACAUGUGGCAGAUCCAAUCAUGGCGGCUGCCCGUUGGUCAUCAGUAACGAUGUUCGCAUGCGCAUUUGGAUUGGCAUACUUGUGGUAUGGGCAUCAGAACCUCGGAGAUCAUGCAUUGACUGGUGGAGUCUCGAUUACAGUGGUCUGUUUCAUUCUCGCUUCUAUUUCUCUCACUCAUUCAAAUGCUCCAAAACAUAGAGGAGGACAAUUUGUUGGAAUCUCGAAUACUGGUCUUCCAUUAUUCACAUACGGAGAGGCAUUCCUCCAGAAAACUUCAAAGUCUUUGAUGCGAUUCAUGAAAGAUACACUCAACGAGAUUCUGGCGAACAACGAUUCGAGAAGAAUCUUUUGGUUCCUUUGUGUUAAUUUGGGAUUCUGUGGAAUUGAAUUUCUGUACGGAUUCUGGACAAACAGUUUAGGAUUGAUAUCCGAUGGAUUCCAUAUGUUAUUCGAUUGUAGUGCAUUGGUUAUGGGAUUAGUUGCAUCUGUUAUGGCUAGAUGGCCUCCAUCGAAGCAUUUUACUUUUGGUUUUGGAAGGGUUGAGAUUCUCUCCGGAUUCAUCAACGCUCUCUUCCUCUGUGUCAUUGCUUUAUUCAUCUUAAUCGAAGCAUUAGAACGACUAUUCGAUCCACCAAAUAUCAACACAGACCGUCUACUGUUCGUAGCAGUUUCUGGACUUUUAGUGAACUUAUUCGGAAUGUAUUCUCUCGGAGAACACGGCCAUUCACAUGGUGGAUCCUCUCACGGACAUUCUCACGGAGGUGGUGGAUCACAUUCACAUGGACAUUCUCAUGGAAAUGCUAAUAUGCAAGGAGUAUUCCUUCAUGUUCUUGCUGAUACGCUCGGAUCUGUUUUCGUUAUCAUUUCUACAUUAUUGAUUCAAUGGUUCGGAUGGGUUUGGGUUGAUCCACUGUGUUCUCUCAUUCUUUCACUACUUAUCAUUGGUUCAGUGUAUCCUCUUCUCGUUUCGUCUGUGAAUACUUUACUACAAGAUAUUCCGGAAGAGGACGAGUUUGAGUAUCAUGUCAAUGAGAUUUUAGAGAUUGAACACGUGGAAUCGUAUUCGAAUGCUCAUAUGUGGCAGCAUAAUGAUAUCAACGUAGCAAGUGUACAUGUACAAGUUAAAGAUGAAGCGAAUGCACAAAUGGUUCGGCAUCGUGUGGCAAACAUUCUGAAGAGCACUGGAGCCGGCCAUUCGACAGUGCAAGUAGAAAAGAAGGCAUUUGCACAUAGGAUACAACAAUUGUGUCCGAAUUACAAAAUUGGUUAUACGGUUGUUCGCGGAUCUGUGAUAAGAGACAAAACACAACACGGGCAUUCCCACGACGAUGGCCAUGGACACUCUCAUGACCACAGUGGAGGAGGACAUCAUCAUUAA